AUGGAGAGUUACGAAGCACCGCCCAGUCUUGCACAGACUGUCCGAGAGGCAUUUUUCAACAUGAGUUGGUCAAAUGUCUUCACCUUUGUGGUGAUUGUAUGCAUCACAACUCGGGUUAUCACAGGGAUUCAGAGUCGACGCCGUGAACAAGACCCUUCCAAAACACAGACAGUGCGGCUGGCACCGUAUUGGUUUCCCUGGAUUGGACACAGUCCUGCAUUCUUAUGGAAUCAUGUCCGUUUCUUCAUAAGAGCCCGAGGUUCUAUGAAUGAGCCUGUCUUUGGCAUCUACCUUCGCGGUGUGGAGCAUAAGGCUGUGGUAUCUCCUUCUAUGAUGAAAGCUGUUUCUUCUGUGAAAGCUGCUCCCCUGAACAAUGAAUUUCUCGAUCAGGCUCUCAGAAAUGUCUUCGGGGACCGCGGCCUCAUCCGCAAUCUAAGUCUGGAUCAAAACCAGGGGCUUAGCGACAAGGCAGCUACAAUUCUCAGCGAAGAUUCUUUCGUGACUGAAGCUUCAUCUACGGUCGUCCGCUUGGUGCAGCGCGAUAUGCCGAAUUUGGUAAGCUUCUGUCGAAGCCUUGUUGACCAAAACCCCUGGGAACGUGGGAUGAGCGGAGUGGAGGUUCCCGAUGAAACAGACCAGACAGUCUGCGAAGCGAACUUGUUUGCCCUUCUGAGCAACUUUGUUGGCCACAUCAUUUCUACCUUCCUGAUGGGUGAGACCUUCGUGGAGAAUUUCCCCAACCUCUCAGAGGACCUAGGACGGUUAGGUGAUUGCUUUGUGACACUAUUCGCCGGCACUGCUCGUUGGAUUCCGCAUCCUGCAGCCUCGGCAGGUCAUGCGGCGAGUGAUCGGCUUCGCCAUGUCAUGUCAGUCUUUCACAGAGCGAUGGUUGCUUGGGAUGAUGGGAUUGAUCCUGGCAUUGAACUGCGUGACCUUGACGAUGUCUCUGAACUGGUCAUAGAAAGAAUGCGUACCUUCCGCAAAUUAGAGCUAUCGCCCGGUGCCAGUGCUGCUGCACACUUGUCUCUAUACUAUGAUCUGAUCGAGCACACUACGAAGAUCACUUUUUGGACCGUUACUCACCUCUUUGCCGACCCUACGCUUCUCGAUCAAGUCCGCAAAGAGAUAGCUCCCUAUGUGAUGGCUUCCAGGCCAAGUCGCCAGCAGACUGGGUUCCCCCUCGAUGAACCUCCUCGACUCUCCCUUGAUAUUGAGCAGGUGCUUACAUCUUGCCCUCUAUUCAAAGCGUGCUAUUAUGAAGCUGUGCGUCUGCAUUCGGCAGGUAUCUCGUUCAAGAAUCUGGCGUCCGAUGUGAACCUUUCUGAGACCGCAGAAGAAGCUGCCUACGGUCUUACGGAGCCCCGUACAUACAAGAUUCUGAAGGGCGAAAAGAUUAUGUUGCCCCAUGGUGCCUAUCACCAUGACGCUCGAUACUUUUCCAAUCCGGACCAGUAUGACCCUCUACGAUUCCUGGUGACUGAUACCGCCACUGGAAAACAACGAGCUGAUUCAAGCAUCCUUGCUCCGUAUGCGGAUGGGCUGUAUGGAUCAACGAACAAUGGCUUCAAUGAGAGGGCUAUUCUGUCUCUCACUGCGGGUAUCGUAGCCCUAUGGGACAUUCAGCCAACGAGUGGUAAAUUCAUGAAAGUCCCAGGGCACAAGACCAGCUGGGGUGCUUUCCGACCGACGAAGGAAUUGAGGGUGAAGAUGAAAUUACGGGUAUAA